GCGUCCCCGCCACCAUUCCCCCGCGCCGCGCGCGUCCCCGCCUCCACCGCCACCUCCCCCCCGCGCGCUCCUGACAGGCCCAGUUGCAAUUUCUGACCAGUUCUGUCCAGGAGACUGUGCCCAGGUUAUGACGACUAAUCCCAAACCGAACAAGGCAUUAAAGGUAAAGGAGGAGUCAGGAGAGAACGCCCCAGUGCUGAGUGACGAUGAACUCGUGUCAAUGUCCGUCCGGGAGCUGAACCAGCACCUGAGAGGUCUCACGAAAGAAGAGGUCAUCCGCCUGAAGCAGCGGAGGCGCACGCUCAAGAACCGGGGCUAUGCUGCCAGCUGCCGCAUCAAGCGUGUGACACAGAAGGAGGAGCUGGAGAGGCAGCGGGUUGAGCUGCAGCAAGAGGUGGAGAAGCUGGCCCGAGAAAACAGCAGCAUGAAGCUAGAGCUGGACGCCCUGCGCUCCAAGUACGAGGCAUUGCAGACCUUUGCUCGUACCGUUGCACGGGGGCCUAUUACCCCAACCAAAGUCGCCACCACUAGUGUCAUCACCAUUGUGAAAUCAGCUGAAAUCUCAUCCAGUUCUGUGCCAUUUUCAGCAGCAUCCUAGUGCCCUAGAUGGGGGAACUACAGCCUUUCGGAGGGAUGGGGAAAGGGCUCUUAUGCACCGUUCCAGAGUCCUUGGUCACUUCAAGAAUUGGCAUUUUAACAAUUCCUUCUCUUUCAAAAGUGCAAAAAAAAAAAAAAAAAAUCUACA